CUCCAAUCGCGUGUAGAGAUCAUCGCUCUACUCUAGCGGUGGUGUCGAUCACUGCUCCAAUCGGAGACCAGGACUUUAUGAUGGCGGAGAAGACUCAAAAGAGUGUGAAAAUUGCACCAGGAGCUGUUGUGUGUGUAGAAAGUGAAAUCAGAGGGGAUGUGACUAUAGGACCACGGACGGUGAUCCACCCUAAAGCACGAAUUAUUGCGGAGGCUGGGCCCAUCAUUAUUGGCGAAGGGAACCUAAUAGAAGAACAAGCCCUGAUCAUAAAUGCUUACCCAGAUAAUAUAACUCCUGACACUGAAGAUCCAGAACCAAAACCUAUGAUCAUUGGAACCAAUAAUGUGUUUGAAGUUGGCUGCUAUUCCCAAGCCAUGAAAAUGGGAGAUAACAAUGUCAUUGAAUCAAAAGCAUACGUGGGCAGGAAUGUAAUACUGACAAGUGGCUGCAUCAUCGGGGCUUGUUGUAACCUAAACACUUUUGAGGUCAUUCCUGAGAAUACAGUGAUCUAUGGUGCAGACUGCCUUCGCCGGGUGCAGACUGAGCGACCACAGCCCCAGACACUACAGCUGGAUUUCUUGAUGAAAAUCUUGCCAAAUUACCACCAUCUGAAAAAGACAGUGAAGGGAAGCUCCACUCCUGUUAAGAACUAGGAAGAGUUGGGUGUCAUGACAAUGUGCAUCCUUGACUGCUGCCAGUUUCCACAAGUAACACAUGUUGACAUACUGUAAGACUGAGCUAGAGAGAACAGUAAUGGAUUUUUCCUGUUAACUGUUCUUUAUAAUUGAUAGAAAAUGGGUUAUGCAUAAGAGAGAAUAAAUGCAUCGUUAAUCUCUGA